AUAAUAUUCUCUAUAUUUUUAAUUACAGAACCUGAUAGAAACUCUCUGGAGGAUUCCUCAGUCACCAUGUCAACCAACAAUGACAUUUCUCUCUCUUCAUAUGAUGAAGAUCAGGGAUCCAAACUCAUCCGAAAAGCUAAAGAGGCACCAUUUGUCCCCAUUGGAAUGGCAGGUUUUGCAGCAAUCGUUGCAUAUGGACUCUACAAACUGAAGAGCCGGGGAAAUACCAAAAUGUCCGUCCACCUGAUCCACAUGCGCGUGGCAGCCCAAGGCUUCGUGGUGGGAGCAAUGACCGUUGGUAUGGGCUACUCCUUGUAUCGGGAAUACUGGGCGAAACCUAAACCUUAGAAGAGGAGAUGGCGUCUCAGUCUGGUCGGAUGUGCUUGCUUUAGUUAGACACCUCAUACUGAGGUUACGUGUGUGUCAAAAACAAAUCGUUCGAUGGGUUCGGAUAAGGUAUUUUGAAUAUCGGCUUCCUGUCUCACAGCCUUGACUUGCCUGGUGACCAAAAUGAUUAGUGACCAGGAAAGUCAGGUUAACACAAAAGAAACCUGUCACCCCAAUGUACUCUGUAGUGUUAAAAUCUCCAGCUUCUUAAACCCUGAUGAUGAAACUAGUUCUAAAGAAGAGCCCAGACUAACCUGGACGUACUCCCAGCUCGCUGCAGAACACCUCCUGCUUUGGGUGUGAUGUAGGAGUCUCGUUUAUCCAGUUAAUCCAACAUUUUUCUGUGUGCCUUGCGGACUGGUCGAGUACUUCAGGUUUUAGGGCUGGUUGGCUCCUGGAGAACUGUUUUGAAAAAGUGCAUGGACUAUAAUCUGUAAAGCCUUUUUUAACUGACACGUGUGUUUAAACCAAACCUAGAAAGCUUGCAGUGGGGUCGCAGAGUACUAUUUAUUUCAUAAUCACACUUGUAAACAUGAGAAUAAGUUAAUGACGAUUCCAGUUUAGCUCUUUUGUAAUUGCAGAAUUAUAUUUUUGCCGCUGUUAGAUUAGAAUAAUUUUUAAAUGUCACGUUGGACUAGGAAUAUGUAUUUUAAGUAUUAACACAAAGCUAAAUGGAGAACACUUUUUAAACGUGUGCAGUAUAUUUAUUUUCUCUGUAAAACUAAACAGAUUACUGAUAAUGAAAGUGAUUAAUGAUUUAUAAGCAAGCUGGUUGGUCUGACAUUAUAUACAAACUUUGAUAUACUACAGAAUGCUUUAUUGCACUUGUGAAACUCUCUUGUCUAAUCUGAAUUUCCAUCCCUUGGUGACAACAUGGUGUAUAUAUAUUGUUAUUAAAGUAAGUGAACAUA